AUGGCACCAGCCUUCCGACCGUGGCUUCGGCAGCUUUCGUGGCUUUUGUGGCUUCUCGUACCUCAUGCUCGGUGCCUUAUGCGGCCCGAGACUGAAGCCCUCAUGCACGAGAGAGGACAACUUGCACAACUUCAAAACACGGAAAAGCAUGAGAAGCACGAUGAAAAACAUGAAGAGGAGCAGAAGCCCUGCACAUCCUAUGGUCCAGGAUUGCAUUUGGUUCAAAUGCCGCAGGUCCAGCGCCAGUUCCUUCUAUCAGUGCCCGAUGACCUUGCUCCAGGGGACGGCGGCGUCCCGCUGGUCCUUGGCUUCCAUGGCUUCUCAGACUCGCCUUGGUAUUCAAACAUGAUGAUGGGCCUCUCCAAGAAGCUUACCAGAUAUGGCUGGCUAGGCAUCCUGCCUUUUGGCAUGGAUGCAAACCGCAGCAAUGGCAUGGGCGGUGUGGAAGCUUGUUGCCCUGACGAUUGCCGAGGCGAGUGUUGCAUGCAAGGAAAGCAUCUUCGUAAAAAGGAUGACACUGCCUGUGGCUGGCGAGACAAUCAGAAGGACUUGGACUUUGUGCGGGUUUUGCUGAAGUGGGCACAGCUGAACACCUGUGCCGACAUGAACAAGGCCUUUGCCAUUGGCUUUAGCAACGGAGGUUGGUUUACCAACUUCCUCGCCUGCCAGGCGUCAGAUCUAUUCCGCGCUUUUGCGCCAAUCUCAGGGGACUCUGUUCAACAGACGUGCGAGGCCAAACGUCCGGUCUCUUACAUCAGCAUGUGCGGCUCCGCGGAUGACGAGGCAUUCUGUCAGCCUACCUUCCUGGCUUCUGCAGCCCACUGGAGCGCCCGACUGAAGUGUGACGGCGCAGGUUUAGAGGGCGCCAAGGUAUUUAAUUUCUCUGCCACCACCUCCUGCUUCACAUGGGAGUCCUGCGAAGCGAAGAACUUCGUGGAAGUUUGCACUACUUUGGGUCUUGGCCAUGAUCCCAGCGGCCAUCUGAGGCCCGAUGGCAGCAGCUACAUCCGUCCAGGGAGUGAUCUGGACAUCGUCGGCUAUGCACUUCAAAAGUUUUCCUUACUAGUGGAUGGCAGCAUUCUCUUCUUUGGCCACCCCACACGCGAGGAGUUUGCGUAUAAGGAGUCUGUUUGGCCACCUCCAACGCAUGACGAUCACAUGUACAUCCGGAACGGUUCCCUGAACACAGUGUAG